AAAUCAUCAUCAUCAUCAUCACCAUCAACACCGAAAAAGAUAUGUACUCAAAGCAUAAUUUCAAUGAUUAAGCUAAUAAAAAUUAUCAUCCAUCGUCAUCAUCAUCCUCAUCAUCGUCAUUAAAGAUUGAUGAUCUACACAGAAACAAAGUAUUCAUCACAUUCUCAGGUCAAAACUUUACAAAGCAUCCGUGUCUUUGUUUGUUGGUUUGUUUGUUCAAGCCCAUAUAUAUAUUUUAUUAUUACACACUGCACGCAAAGUUUAAAGGCAAAUAAAAAAAAUGUCAACUUUAAAACGUACUUUAAAACGUGGUGGCCGUGACCGUAAUAACAUUGGUUCAUCAGUGUUGCCUGAUGAUGAUGUACAGGGAAUAUUUCGUCAACUUGAAUCGCCACAUUUUUUAAAUUAUGAUGAAAAAAAUCAACAACAAUCAUUAUCAACAUCACCGAAACUCUCACCGACCAAAGAAACUUCUAUUAUUCACAAUUAUAACAAUGGCGAUUCACCGAGGUGUGAUGGUGAUACCGAUCAUUCUCAUCAUCAUCAUCAUCAGCUUAUAUUGGAUGUAACUCAAGCACCAGUAUCAUAUAGUAAAAAUUCAAUAGAUCAUCAACAACGUCUUGAUUCCAAUAAUGAUUCAUAUAAUCAACAAGAUUCCAGCGGUAAUGAUAGACCAUUUAUUCGAGCACAUCUAUUCCGUAGAAGCUUUUCAUUGGAUGAUAUUGUUCAAUAUCAGAAUCGAAUAUCUUGUGAACAUCAUGAUCAUGAAAAUAUUGAUCCAAAUAUGAUGAUUGAUCAUUAUGGACAACCAUAUAUCCAUCAUAAUCAAAGUACAAUGGAUGUUCAUCUUCAUCAUAUUCGACAUUCACAAAAUCCACAUGGAAAAAUAUCUCAUCAUCAGAAUUGGUUAGGCGGUGUAUUUGGCUGUUUCAAACCGAUCAUUGGUAUUAUAAGCAGUAAAGGAUUCAAAGAUGGAAAACAUAAUUGUGAGAUUCCAUAUGAAAAUUUGAAAGAUAUGCAAUUUUUGGGCAGUGGUGCACAAGGUUCAGUAUAUGUGGCCACAUUGAAUCAAGAAUUGGUGGCAGUGAAAAAGAUGCGUGAUAAAUGUGAAACAGAAAUCAAACAUUUACGAAAAUUGAAUCAUAAAAAUAUUGUCGCCUUUAAAGGUGUAUGUACACAAAGUGCCAAUUAUUGUAUUGUGAUGGAAUUCUGUCCAUAUGGACAACUUUAUGAAUAUUUGAAGAAAUGUGAAUUCAUGCCACCAGCUCAAGUGAUCGAUUGGUCACAUCAGAUUGCUUCUGGAAUGAAUUAUCUUCAUCAACAUAAAAUAAUACAUCGUGAUCUUAAAUCUCCUAAUGUUUUAAUAUCUCAUAAUAGUGUUUUGAAAAUAUCGGAUUUUGGAACUAGCCGACAAUUAAGCGAUUGCUCAAAGAUCAUGUCAUUUGCCGGUACGGUUGCUUGGAUGGCACCCGAAGUUAUUCGUUCUGAAUUAUGUUCGGAAAAAGUAGAUAUUUGGAGCUUUGGUGUUGUCAUGUGGGAACUUUUAACAUUAGAGAUUCCUUAUCGUGAUUUUGAACAAUCUUCUAUCAUCUAUGGUGUAGGCAACGCUAAUCUUAGUCUUCCAUUGCCGGAAUCCUUUCCAAAAGGAUAUAGACUUUUGAUGCAAAUGAGCUGGAAGAACAAACCACGUAAUCGUCCAUCAUUUCAACAGAUUAUCGCACAUAUAGAGAUUGCUUCUAGAGAAUUUAGCGAUUUUAAAUUGGAAGAAUUUUGUGACAAACAACGACAAUGGAAAGAAGAAGUUCGACAUGCAUUAUCACAGACAAGAAUUAAUUUCAACAAUCAACAUUCUUUAUCGAGUAGUUCACAGGUUGCUGGUUCACCUGUGUCACAAUGUUCAGAUCAUUUAAGAUCGAAAAACAAGAAAAAAUCAUUAAAUCAUCUUGAUCAAUUGGAUCCAACUGCUCAUCUUGAUCUGGAUGAACCAUUACAAUCAGCAUUACAAAGUGCCAUGAUACGUAAGACUGCCAGCCUUUAUACCGAUAUGGUAAAAGUGAUUGAGUCGUUAGUAGAAAGAGAACGAAAACUAUGUGAAAGUGAGAAUGGUGGAAGCCAGAAUGGUGCAGAAUUUUCUGAAUCGGCUCGAUUACCACGAAAACCAUUGACGGAAAAACUUUUGGAAAAAGCACUCAACGAUCCAAUUUAUAAGAGUGCACUAGAACUAAGUCGCGAAUCAUCAAAGGUGACUAACAAUGACUUAUGUGAUAGUUUGUUUGUCCGAGCUUUAGAAAGUCCAAUACGUCAACGUGGUGGAUCACAAUAUGGAAGUGUCAAAGCAAAACUGAGAAGACGUAAUCGAAGAUUGAAUCAAUGCUAUUCAUCAUCAUCGAAAGAUAUCAGUUUUAGUAUGGCCGAUUCUCAGGAUACGACAGCACAAGAACCUUCUAUCGCAUUGGAUGAUUGUAAUGAUUUGAUUGCUGUUCAGAUUGAUACAGCAAAUAAACCAAAUGAACAAGAUUUGAGUAUCACAAAUCAAAGUAACAAUCAAGUACCAAUGAUUCGUGGUGUACCACAACGACGUACAUUCGAUUCUGGUUAUGGUGAAGGACAAAGUUGUGUAUCAUCACCAAUUGCAGAACCAAAGAAAAAUGGCUAUAAUGGUAAUGGUGGAAAUAUUAGUGCUAGUUCAGCAAAUACAUCAGCUUCACUUUCUGGUCAACGAAUGAGAGCUAGAUUGCGCCGACAAAAAGCUAUCGAUCGUGGUUCGUGUCCAUCAUCCGCACAAUCAUCAAGUAGAUCUCGACCAAUGUCAUCUAGUUAUCAUCAACAAUUAUAUACGGCAAAUAGCUCAACAGAUUAUGAAGAUAAUGAUUACGAUGAUGAUCGUAGUUUAUAUUCAAGACGUUCCAGUUCCGUUGGACGAAUACAGGAAUUUAGCUGCCAUGCAUAUGGACGAUUGAGAAGAAAAACAUCAACCACUAGUUCGAGUGAUAAUAAUGAUGAUGAUGAUGAAGAUAUUGAUGAUGAAGGUAAUACAAGUAGCAGUGGUAAUGAAGAAAAUGAUCGAGAAAAAGCACAUAAUAUAGCCAUAAUUAAACGAAAAUUGAAAGCAUCAUUACCACCACCAGGACGAAGAAGUGCAACAGAACGAAGACCAUAUAGUGGUGGCCAUCACCACCACCACCAUCACCAUCAUCAUCAUCAUGCAACAUCAAAUAAUAAAUAUUUGACAUCAACAGUUAAACAACAACAUACAAUGACAACAUUGAAUGAUAAAGUGGGUGACUUAAGCCCAAAGAUUAUUACUUGAAAAUAGAUUGUAUUCUCAUUAUUUAAUCAUCAUCGAUUCAUUCAUCAUCACAAUGACGAAAAUUCAGAAUUGCACUUUGUGUUUCAUUGGUUUUUCUUUUCUAGGUACCAUUGUUAACAUUUCAUUUGAAUAUCGUAUAUUGUGGAAUCCUCAAUACUCAUCAAUUCUUAAUUUUGAUUUCUGAAUUUUUAAGCAAUUUUUUUUUACUGCCCUUGAUAUUUAUAUAGUAAAUGUUUACACAACAAUCAUUCCAUUCUAUGCUUCUUAUAUUCCGCGUUCAAAAAAAAAAUGAAUUUUUUUAUGUACUCAUCAAAUCACACCACACACACACAUGUUUCCUUGUUGAUCGAAAUUAUUUCGAAUUCUUAUUUAAUUUAUAUUUAUUGAAAUUAUCAAAUGUGAAAAAUAUUUAUGAGAAUUUUAUUUUGAAAACAAUCUAAAUGCCCGAACAUAUA